AUGAUGACUCAAGGCCAUCUUCACUCCCUGUUUUUCCUUACACUUUAUUUGAUAACUGGAAAUGGCCAGGAGGGGAAGUUUAGUGGGCCCCUGAAAGCCAUGACAUUUUCUAUUUUUGAAGGCCAAGAACCGAGUCAAAUUAUAUUCCAGUUUAAGGCCAAUCCUCCUGCUGUGAAUUUCACACUAACUGGGGAGACAGAUGGUAUCUUUCAGAUACAAGCAGAUGGGUUGCUGUAUCAUACUAAAGCCCUGGACAGGGAAACAAGAGCUGUUCACAAACUCCAGGUUGCAGCCCUGGAUGCUCGUGGAACCACAGUGGAAGGCCCAGUCACCAUCACCAUAGAAGUGAAGGACAUCAAUGACAACCGGCCCAUGUUUCUGCAAUCAAAGUAUGAGGGCUCAGUAAGGCAGAAUUCUCGCCCAGGGAAGCCUUUCAUGUAUGUCAAUGCUACAGACCUGGAUGAUCCAGCCACUCUCAAUGGCCAGCUUACUUAUGAAAUUGUCAUCCAGCUUCCCAAGAUCAACAAUGUCAUGUAUUUUCAGAUCAACAACAAGACAGGGGCAAUCUCUCUUACCCUAGAAGGAUCUCGGGAAUUAGAUCCUGUUAAGAAUCCUUCCUACAAUCUGGUGGUCUCAGUGAAGGACAUGGGAGGCCAGAAUGAGAAUUCCUUUAGUGAUACCACAUCUGUGGAUAUUAUGGUGAAGGAGAAUAUUUGGAAAGCACCAGAACCUGUGGAGAUUGUAGAAAACUCAACUAACCAUCAUCCCGUCAAAAUCACUCAGGUGCGGUGGAACGAGCCAGGUGCCCGUUAUUCCUUAGUUGAAAAGGAGAAGCUGCCAAAGUUCCCAUUUUCAAUUGACCAGGAGGGAGAUAUUUAUGUGACUCAGCCCUUGGACCGAGAAGAAAAGGAUUCAUAUGUUUUUUAUGCGGUUGCAAAGGACGAGUAUGGAAAACCACUUGCAUUCCCACUGGAAGUUCAUGUUAAAGUUAUAGACAUUAACGAUAAUCCACCUACAUGCCCUUCUACAGAGACAGUAUUUGAGGUCCAGGAGAAUGAAAAAAUAGGUAGCAAUAUCGGGACUUUCAUUGCCCAUGACAUGGAUCAAGAAAACAGUGCCAACAGCAUUUUAGAGUACAGAAUUGUGCAGCAAAUCCCCAUGAUUCCCAAAGAUGGACUCUUCCUGGUCCAAACCUACAUGGGGGUGUUCCAGUUAGCUCAGCAGUCCUUGAAGAAGCAAGAUACUCCUCAGUACAAUGUAACGGUUGAGGUAUCUGACAAAGAUUUCAAGACCCUUUGUCUUGUGCAAAUUCAUGUUAUUGAUAUCAAUGAUCAGAUCCCCAUCUUUGAAAAAUCAGAUUAUGGAAGCCUGACUAUUCCUGAAGACACCAAUGUUGGGUCCAUCAUCUUGACCAUCCAGGCCACUGAUGCUGAUGAGCCAUUUACUGGGAGUUCUAAAAUCCUGUAUCGUAUUAUACAAGGAGAUAGUGAGGGGCAACUGGAGAUUGACACAGAUCCCCAAACCAAUGCUGGAUACGUCAAGGUUAAAAAGCCUCUUGAUUUUGAAAUGGGAGAUGUUUACAACAUUGUAUUCAAGGCAGAAAAUUCCGAGCCUCUGGUGUUUGGUGUAGAAUACAACGCGAGCUCUUUUGCCACAUUCAAGCUUAUUUUGACAGAUGUGAAUGAACCACCCAUAUUUUCCCAAAAAACAUACCAAGCAAAAGUCCGUGAGGAUGCAGCUAUAGGCACUGAACUGGUUAACGUGACUGCCAAAGAUCCAGAAGGUCUGGAGAUAAGUUAUUCACUGAGGGGUGAUGUGAGAGGUUGGCUUAAAAUCGACCCCGCCACUGGUAAGAUCUUUAGUGCCGCUCCACUGGACAGGGAAGCUGAAAGUCUGUAUCGGGUGCAAGUGGUGGCUACCGAAAUAGGUGGAUCCUCCUUGAGCUCCGUGGCAGAUUCCUACCUGAGCCUCACGGAUGUGAAUGACAACCCCCCACGGCUAGCCAAGGAGUACACGGGCUUGUUCUUCUGCCAUCCCCUCCAAGCACCUGACAGUCUCAUCUUCGAAGCCGCUGAUGACGACGAGCAGUCAUUUCGGGGUCCACAAUUUACAUUUUCCCUUGGCAGUGAAAGCUUACAAGGCGACUGGGAAGUUUCCAAAAUCAAUGGCACUUAUGCCAGACUCUCCACGAAACACACGAGAUUUGAAGAGAGAGUUUAUGACAUCCCUAUCCUCAUCAGUGAUAGGGGUCGGCCACCCUUGGAAGGGACUGUCUCUUUACCAGUUACUUUCUGCACAUGUGUGGAAGAAAGAUGUUUCCAGCCAGCAGGUCGCCAGUCUGGGAUGCCCACAGUGGGCAUGGCUGUUGGAAUACUCCUAAGUACCCUAUUGGUCAUUGGCAUAAUUUUAGCAGUUGUGUUUAUUCGUAUGAAGAAGAAUAAAGGCAAAGCUAAUGUUGAAAAUGCUCAGGCAUCUGAAGUCAAUCCUCUGAGAAGCUGAAUUUGAAAAGAAUGUUGACUUUAUGUACCAAGUGGCAGUUUAACAACACAACCAUUUAACCCCAUAAUUUUACUUUGCAUCCAACAUGUGCACUGUAUUUUUUAGAUAUUCCCUCUUGCCCUCUUUUACUACUGUUAAAUAUUUCAUGUGUUUAGACAUUAGAAAUAUUUUCCAUUUUCCCAUGAUACUUUUCACCUCCGCAAAAGCCUUAUUUACUUACCCCAAAACAAAACUGCAUGUGUUUUUUACAAUUAGGGAAAGAUAGGCUAAUUAAAUAUUCUGCAGAUUUUUUUUUCUUCCUCAAGGAGAUUUAUCAAUUACCCAUCACAGAACUUCCUGGAUUCCAUUUAUACUUUCUCCAGUUCCGUCCUGUGUCCCUCUCAUCCAGGUCUCGUUUGGUAUUUCAUUGAUUUUUAAACAUUUGUCAGAGGAAAACAACAAAGUGAGGCCUCAGGAAAAAAUAAAAUAGCAGCCUUUUCCCUUGGUCUGAGCAAAAGCUCUUCUGUAUUGUAAUUAGCCUUCCUUAGCCCAGUGUGCUUGAUUAUGUUGUUCUUCAGUUGAGUUAUUUUUUUUCUGAAUACCCGCAGAAGGUAUUCAAACUCAGCUGCUAUGUUUCCUCAAAGGCCCACUUUAUAAACCCUGGUGCAGGAACCAACAGCUAACCAGGUUUGCUCACUACCUGCCAGGCUUACAUGCUGCGCAUGUCAAUAAGGGUUUUGGUUACUACAUAUUUAAUAUGUGAAGACAAAUAAGGAAACAUGAAAGAAAUAUUGACAAAAAUUCAGAAUAAAGGCUGGUUGUGGCUGUUUUUGUUUCUCUAA